CUCAUCCCUCCUCCUCCUCCUCCUCCCCAUCUCUCCCUCCCUCCUCCCUCCCUCCGUGCGCGCCGGCCGCGGCGGCGCCGCGCUCCCUCCAGCCGCGCCCGCGCAGCCCCCGCAGUCUGUUUGGAUUUAUUUCUACCAAAUUAAGGCAGUGGCAAAAGUCCUAACUGAAAAAGAUGGUUGCCACCUCUCUGUCCUGACUUCCUCAGUCCGUCAGACGACGAAAGAGCCUGGAAAAAGUCGGAUGGGAGUGGGAGCCGUGUCCUUGUAUCCGUGGCGUUUACAAAGGAGCAAAUGCCAGCAUGACUAGGGCCUGAGGAAGUGCUUCUGUGUUCCUACCAAGGGUUUGCGGGUACAGAAUAAGGGUACAAGGACAGUAGGGGCCUUCUGAGCUACCAUGGACAUCCCCACUGAUUUGGUGCCGUCCUCCAUGAUGUCUCAACCAGAGGUGAUUGAGUCCACAGCCAUGAGCGAACCACAGUGCUACUACAAUGAAACCAUUGCCUUCUUUUAUAACCGAAGUGGAAAAUAUCUAGCCACUGAAUGGAACACUGUCAGCAAGCUUGUAAUGGGACUGGGGAUUACUGUCUGCAUCUUCAUAAUGCUGGCCAACCUCUUGGUUAUGGUGGCUAUUUAUGUCAACCGCCGAUUCCACUUCCCUAUUUAUUACUUAAUGGCCAACUUAGCCGCUGCGGACUUUUUUGCAGGGCUGGCGUACUUCUACUUAAUGUUCAACACAGGACCCAACACUAGAAGAUUGACUGUAAGCACCUGGCUGCUUCGUCAGGGCCUCAUUGACACUAGCCUGACAGCCUCUGUAGCCAAUUUGUUGGCCAUUGCCAUCGAGCGGCACAUCACAGUUUUCCGCAUGCAGCUGCACACUCGGAUGAGCAACCGGCGAGUGGUGGUCGUGAUAGUUGUUAUCUGGACUAUGGCCAUCGUCAUGGGCGCCAUACCAAGUGUCGGAUGGAACUGUAUUUGUGAUAUCACUCACUGCUCCAACAUGGCACCGCUCUAUAGUGACUCCUAUCUGGUCUUCUGGGCUAUUUUCAACCUGGUCACUUUUGUGGUCAUGGUGGUCCUAUACGCUCAUAUCUUUGGAUACGUUCGCCAAAGGACUAUGAGAAUGUCCAGACACAGUUCUGGACCCCGCAGGAAUCGGGACACCAUGAUGAGCCUCCUAAAGACUGUGGUCAUUGUGCUUGGUGCUUUCAUUAUCUGCUGGACCCCAGGAUUAGUCUUGCUGCUCCUAGAUGUUUGCUGCCCUCAGUGCAAUGUCCUGGCCUAUGAAAAAUUUUUCCUGCUCCUGGCAGAGUUCAACUCCGCCAUGAACCCUAUCAUCUACUCCUACCGCGACAAGGAGAUGAGUGCAACCUUCAAGCAGAUACUCUGCUGCCAACGCAGUGAGAACACCAAUGGCCCGACUGAAGGCUCAGACCGGUCAGCAUCCUCGCUCAACCACACCAUCUUGGCUGGUGUCCACAGCAACGACCACUCGGUGGUGUAAAACCGCAGCCAGCCGUGUGGCUGACGAGAGGCAGCAGGUGACGCUGCGGA